AUGAUGGUACAACGUCGUUUCGGCCAUCCUCUGGCGUCGAAGGUCGGUGCCACUCCAACAAUCUUCAGCGCCAUUCCGGUCAUCCUCCAUAAACUNCGGCGCCGUUUCGGCCAUCCUCUGGCGUCGAAGGUCGGUGCCACUCCAACAAUCUUCAGCGCCAUUCCAGUCAUCCUCCAUAAACUUUUCGAUCACCUCCGGGCAUCCUCCGAUGACCUUUCGAUCGCCCUCUGGCGAUGUUCUGACCNCAGCGUCGUUUCGGCCAUCCUCUGGCGUCGAAGGUCGGUGCCACUCCAACAAUCUUCAGCGCCAUUCCGGUCAUCCUCCAUAAACUUUUCAUUCACCUCCGGGCAUCCUCCGAUGACCUUUCGAUCGCCCUCUGGCGAUGUUCUGACCUGCCCGACUGUCCUAUGGCGAUGUUUCGGUCGCCUUCGGCCAUCUUUUGGCGACCUCCGACUAUCCUCUGAUGACCUUCUAAUCACCCUCCAGUGA